GGACUGUGGCCUCAGAUUUUCUUACUGUUAUUGCCUCGAGUAAUAAGGGUCGACAUGAACGCAGAACCACGGUUCGGCGAACUGUCGGCCUUAUUUCUCUUCUUCAACCUCUUGUUUUCCUUUUUCAUUGCAAACGGAUWUGUCUUCGACUCUAUUGCCCAUCUUGAAAGUCUGGUCGACUUAGAACACGACUUAGGACAAAAACUCAAGGCUUAUGUUAACAGCCGACAAGAAGGUUUCGAGCAAGUUAAAGGAUUUGUGAAGUUAGUUGAGAAUGAGACGAGUCUAGCGAAAGCUCAGGGUCCUGAUUAUGUGAAUAAUCCUAUCAACGCUUUUUCAAUAAUCAAGAGAUUUACUGACCACUGGACAAAGAUGGACUUACUUCUUCAAGAAGACGAAAAACGAAAUGAUAUGAUAAAAACCCUAAACAGUAGCAAAGAAAGGCGUGAGCUUAAUGAAACAGAUGAUUUGAUAGGCGCCAUUGCCGCGUUGUUCAGACUACAAUCCACGUACAACAUAUCAGCCAGAACCAUGUUAGAAGGCAAGAUUCCAGGUUGCCAGCCUGCUUCUCCCAUGACUGUUGACGACUGCUUUGACCUUGGUAGUGUAGCAUACAGGAGUUAUCACUUAACCCGGUCACGGGAAUGGUUAAAAGAAGGCGUGCGACUGAUCAGGGAGAUGCAUCCUAAAGAACCUGCGAAACUCAAAAGUCUUUUGGAGUAUCUGGCAUGGGUGGAGUACCUGACCGGAAACGUCGAGGAGGCACUGGAGCUAACAGAGGAAUUGAUCACACUUGCUCCAGGAGAGCAAAAAUUAAUCGACAAUUUAAACUACUAUCGUGAGUUAGUAGAUUAUGACUAUCCCUUGAACCAAGAUCAAUUAGUGGCAAGAGACGAAGAGAUCAACACAAAAGCCUACAUCAACUCGACAUACUCAAGGGUUUGUCGCGGAGAAACUAUAAAGCCAAUCAAGCAUCAAAACAAACUUAAAUGUUGGUGGUUCCAUGGGCGUCAUAAUUCAGCGCUUCUCAUCAAACCUGCUAAACUAGAACUAAUCAACCUUAAACCGAAGAUAUAUAUAUUCAGAGACAUGGUGACGGACUCCGAAGCAGCAACCAUAAAGAAGCUAGCAAGCCCAAUACUUAAAAGAGCAACAGUACUCAACCUCGAUACAAAAAUUCUGGAGACUGCAGAAUAUCGAGUUAGCAAAAGCGCUUGGCUUGAAGACACCGCACACGAAGUUGUGGCACGAGUGAAUCGUCGAGCGUCCCUGGUGACUGGUUUGGAUCAAUACAACGCUGAAUAUCUACAGGUUGCCAACUACGGAAUGGGUGGACAAUAUGAAAAACACGUUGAUUACGGAGACCCAGAUACUCCUCUUGCGGCAGAUCCUAAAGGGAACCGCGUCGCAACUCUUCUUAUAUAUUUAAACGAUGUGGCUGUAGGCGGAGCCACUGCCUUCCUUGAAGCUGGCAUAAGCAUUUCACCAACAAAGGGUGAUGCGGUCUUUUGGUACAAUUUAAAGAGAUCUGGUGAAGGUGACGAGACGACUGUACAUGCGGGAUGCCCGGUACUGUGCGGGAAUAAAUGGGUUGCCAACAAGUGGUUCAGAGAGGGAGGACGAAAUAUCUUCCAUCGGCCAUGUGCUCUUAACAUUAACCUUUAAUGCUAAAAAGAUGACUAAUGAUUUCUGGCUGUCUACUUCAAUUUAUAUCCUAGCUCAUAGUUAGUUUUCAUUGUUUUUACUACGUUUUUGAAUGGUGUAGAAUUUCUAAUAAAAAACGGAAACAUUUAUAGUUUUGGCCUGAAUUUGGAAUUUCAUUUCAACCAGUGAAUCAGUUCGGUAAAUUCAACUUUUACAUUACUUGUAACUGGUGAUUAUUCAUUGUUGUAUUGUUUGAAUUUUUAAUAUGAUAUAUUAUGACAUAUAAUCAUAUGGAACGUGUAAAGUCGCAGUCAGCAUAUUUACUGGUAUUAUAUUAUACGAUUAUACAAGACCCGAGUACAAGUCAAUAAACCAGAACAUAUA